UCAGUUUUAUUAUUUUUUAAAUCAUUCGUUGUAAAAAUGGCAAAGAAGUGGGUUCUUUUUUUCGUUUUCCUGUGCAUUAUUGAAAUUUCUUUGUCCACCGAGUCUUACGAAAAAGCUAAAGCAGACGCAAAAUUGCAAGCGAAAGGUUUUAGUUGUUUUAAAAAAGAAUUCGGACCAAUGAAGGAUCGCCAAGUUAAUAAUAAUUAUAGUCCGAAAGUUUGUGGGCAAGUCACCUGUAAUAAAGGAGUCUUAACUUACGUAUCAUGUUCUGCAAAAAAACGUAAAUCAAAUAAACCGCAAGAUCCAAAAAAGGAAUUCCCAAAAUGUUGCAAUUAUUAA